AAGAAAGGAAGUGCCUUGGAUUCCCAUCUCUUCCUACGCCUUCGUGGCUUUGCUCGGCGCCGGAAUGAUUUUUAUGCGAAUGCCCCGAUGAUAAGCCCCUUUCGUCGUUCAGAUACUCACUUGGCAAUCUUUGAAAAAAAAGCAACAGGCGUCAAAACAAGCCUUUCCGAAAAAUAUAGUAGUGUCUCGCUUCUAAGAAGCUCUUCAUCUCCUACCAUCAAAUAACAGGUCACUUUGAUAGUAGAGUAUUCAUCAUUUAUUCUGCAGAAGUCACUUUGAGAGUGAGCUCCUAUGAUAAAAGACCGAAAGAUGAAGUGGACUGACUUAAUUGUAUUCAUUUAUUUGGCCGUUCAACAAGCCAGCACAAUUCAAGCAUAUGUGAUCUCAUAUUCAAAAUUCACUUUUUUAGAUCCUGGUUCAGAAGAAGUCUAUGGCCUGCAAGACGAAGCAAUAGCAAAAUUACACCAACCUUUCUAUGGCUCAAUCUCGAACUCAUACGAAAGUGAUCAUUUUGACAACCGCAAAAAGAUAUUAAAAGGGAUCAAAAUCAAGGACAAAAGCUUCGAGAUUGACUAUCAAGAAGAUGAUCUUGACCAACCAAACCCGCUGCACAAACGAGAAUUGAACUCGCAUACCGGAGCAAUUGUGCCGUAUAAGCCACCUGGUGCGAUUGUAGUACAUCAAGGAGGAAAGGUUCAUCCAGCACUACCACCAAAAACAGGUUAUGGAAGAGGUGCAAAGAUUGCAACAGUAGCAACGACAGUAGCGGCAGUGGGUGGUUUGACCGCUUCAAUAACUACUCGUAAAAGAGAUCUUGCAGAAGAAGAAGUUCAAUUUGUAAAGCGAGGUGGAAGAAGAGGAGCAGGUAGAACAAGAGCCGCAAGAGCACGAAGGGAAGCAAACUCGCAAGCUAAUCGAGAACCAGAAAAAAAAGGUGGAAUGGGUAAAGGAAAAGCUGCGAUGAUAGUUGCUGGAGGAGCGGCUUUAGGUGCAGCAGCAGUGCAUGUGGCAGGCAAAGGUGGGACAGGUGACCCAAAUAUAGCACCUGCGUAGGGUAACUCUUUCCAUGUUC